AUGGGCCUUCUCUGGGACCAGUUGACCCAUGCCCUGGGCUGCAGAUACUGUGGCAGCAGCUGCCUUCUGAGUCCAGGGAACCUGGUAACACUAUUCUUGUUCGUGGUUUGGCAGAUCCAGAGGUGGUGGCAGCUUGGGAGAUGGCGACAGCUUCAGCCCUGGUACUCUGGGGACAAGAUGCAAGGCAAGGGCCUACCACUUCUGUACUGCGUGGCUUUCCUUGAUCACCUGUGGAAGCAGAAGUCAGGGGAGGAAAAAGAAGAGGAGGAGGAGGAAGAGGAGGUAUCUCUGGAUCCACUGAAGCCAUUUCUUGUACUGGAUUCCCUCAGAGUUAGCCCUACGGGGGUCCUGUUUGAUUCUGAAGCUACAUGUGGGGACAUAGAAAGGAGAAAGAACUCCUGGGCCUCUGAGCUCCCGGCUUGCAGCUUACCCCAAGACCCACGUGGAGCCAACCCCUUGGGAGUCCAAUCUGACUCUGAGCCUACAGGGGGGGACAUGGAGCAGAAAGAAACCUGUUGUGUUCGUGUGUCCCCAUUGUGGGGUCCCAGCCCAUGCCCAAACUCUAUGUCAAAGUCUCACACAAGUAAGCCUAUUGGAGACCAAUGCAACUGUAAACCUGAGGGGGAAACAGUGGAGCAGAGAGAGAACUGCUGGACCACUGAACUCCCAGCCCCAACCCUCAGGUCACUCUCUGCUCCUCUACCAGAUCCACACAUUGACCUUGAGUUUGUGUGGAGGAAUGUGCAACAAAGAGGGAUCCCCCAGGACCCCAGCCUUCCAGCAGCGGAUCCCCUCCAGCCAAUACCCUGGCCUCCCACCCAAGCAGAAGCUCUGAAGAUUGAGUCCAACCAGCCUGGGCUACCCAAGGGAGAGCUGUUCCCAGGGGCUAAGGCAGAGACUCCAUCCUCCCAGGGUGAGGCUGUCCCAAAGGUGCCCACCCACUCUGAGAUCCAGGCCUGGCACUGGAGUAAAGAGUUGGAACUCAGGCUGAAGAAACUACAGCAGAGCCCUACUUCCAGAUCUCUUGGCCCAAGUCAAUCAUUUGGCAGCUCCCCUGCCCUGAGCUCCACAACUCAAGCCACCUGGAGACUCUCUUCUUGCCCACCACAGCAGAUUCAUCCCCUCAGUCUGUGCCCCAACUCUUCAAGCUGUCAUCCCCCUAAACCUCAGAGCACAGUAACUCAGCCUGUCCAGGUCCCCCACUGUUAUCACUCCCACUCCUCUAUCCAACCUCAGCUAUGCAAGUCUGGCAGGGCAGAACAAGAGUCUCAGAAAGAGCAAAGAAUGAAUGUGAAGAUGUCAUCCCAAGGGUCAUGUGUUCACUGCCCAGGCCUGGAAGAGCCCUCAUACCCUGAGGUUCCAGCCUCAGGCAAGAGACAGGACAAGGCUUCAGCCCUAUCUUCAGCCAAAAAGAGAGAGAGCCUCAGGAAACCCAAAGAAGGAGACCACGGAGAAGGGGAUGCAAAAUUGGGGUCAACCACAGUUGCAGGGAAAAGCCACCUAGCCCAGGCCAGACUAGCAGAGGUCCCUGUAAGCAGACUUUUGCAAAGAUCUCAGCACAGGGACCAGAGCUCUCUACACACUGCUCCCUCCCCGCAGCCUCACUCCAAGGCUUCAGAUUCCCAAGAUCAGAGAGGGGCAAGGCUGGGAGCUGGUGACAUCCGGGCCCCUCGGCACUGUAAGCACUGCCCUUGGGCCCAGAAGCGUCUUCCCACCCCCACACCUCAGGCUCCCCUUACCAGGGGUCUCCAAAGGGUGUUAGCCAAAUUUCUGGGUACCCUUGGACCCCUGCCCACCAAAUCCAGUCAGCAGAAAAAAGGCUGGUAG